AUGGGCUCGCAUGUGGUUCAAACUCUACGGCAGGGAGUGUGGGCUUCGCUUACCGGCGGCUGGUAUCACGACCCGGACCAGAAUAAAUUCAAUAACUCAUGUCACCUUUAUUUGUGGAUGUUUCUUCUUAUGCUACCCUUGUCCCUGCAUUUGGCCCUCCCCCCAACCACGAUGGCACUCAGCAUCUAUUGCACGUCAGUGACGAUCUUCUUCAUCGCCAUAAAGGCAGCAAACUACCGGCUCCACCUUAUGUUCGACAGGGGCGACAUUGUGGCCCAGAACAGUGUGUCUGAUGUCAGCAAAGGUGCUGACAAGAAAAGCAACGCCUCUGACCCCAGCCUUCCUGCUAACUUAAGAAAAAGCAGUACUGCUCCUGACAGCGUUGCCAUGACAGUAUUGACCAGAAACCAUCUAAGUCCCAUUAUCCAAGUGACUGUGAAACAAACAGAGACGGAUCCGGGUCUGAUCGGUGUGGAGUGCCCCAAAGCAGAGGACUUGAAGAGCACAGAAGGCUAUAGGGACUCCCCCGCUAAAGAGAGGUCAAGAGACAAGCCCCAGCAUGAGGACGGAGGUUCACCAGAGGACAUGUCCAGCCCCAACCCAGACCAGUGCGCCCCUCUCCUGGAGCAGGAGCAGCGGCCGCCACCGGACAGAGACACCGCGGACGAGGGCCUGCCGCCCUCCAAGGACAGCGACGUCGAGAGCGCGGACGAGAAGAGCGAGCGGCAGGCGAAGGAGAAGCCGCCCACCACCGACCCCAACAACAACGACGAGAAGAACGAGGAGGACGACGGCGGUGGUGGCGGCCUCUCGCCGGACGACCUCUCCCCCGUCCAGGACGCGCCGGCCGAGGAGACCUACUGCUCGGACGAGAUCGCAGUGGUGCUGGUGGACAACUCGGGCGCGUCGGUGCGCCUGGACGAGAGCGACACGGUGAAGAUCAUCAUCACCAUGAGCUGCGACGCCCAGACGGCCGCCGAGCUGGAGGAGUCGGUCAAGCAGAGCAUCCUGGAGUCGGCCCAGUCGCAGAUGGUGAAAGACGGGCAAGGGGAGUCCAGGGGAGACUGCAUGAUCCGGAUACCGGUCAUCACCUUCGACUCGCCCCUGGAGGACGAGCACGAGGCCACCGUAGAGGGAGAGGACGACCGGGAGGAUGAGUACAGACUAGCCGCGGAGGACGAGCCGGCCGACCAACCGCCGAUGCAGAAUCCCGAACUCAGCCACUCCAAAGAACCGAUCAGCUCGGACUCGGCCACGCAGGACUGUCGGGAGUACGAGCCGGACGAGCACGAGGCGGAGCACAGCAGCCUGCCGCUGACCAACGACAACAGCUCCUCGGGCAUCGACGUCCACUCGCACCCCGACGAGAACGAGGCGCCGGAGCUCCGGAUGGACGCCGACGGCUUCCUGCAGAUCCCGGCCGGCUACGGCCGCUACGGCCCUGGGGGCAGGACACACGUGCGCGGGAUGAGCAUAGACAGCGGAAGGGACGCUGUGCUCAUCGCUGACCGCUCCAGGGGCCGGACGCACACCAUGACCACCUCCAAGUCGGACCUGGAAGCCAAGGAGGGGCAGAUGCCCAACGAGUCCAACUUUGUGGAGUUUGUGUCGCUGCUGGAGUCCAUCAACAGCACGCGAGCGGCCAGCGGCACUCAGCCUGAGACGGAUGACGCAGAUGACCAAGAGGACGAGGAAGAUGAUACCAUGGUGACGGUGAAGAAUGAUGAGGAGACCGAGACGGAGAGCCAGCGUCCAGAAAGACCCAACCCUCCCAACAGUCUGGCCACCACGGACACACCCCUCGCUGUUCCAGAGAGGCUCAUCCCCAUCGUCUCUCCCGACAGUCCUCAGACGGAUAAAGAUAAGGACCCAGACUACGACUCCCUUCCCUCCCAAACGUCCCAGUCCGAGAGCUCCAUGCUCCAGGUCAUCUGCAGACCAGAGGCCACCUCCAAGGAGGAGGCCUACACCUUCCACACCGUACACAGAGACAGACCCAGGAAGUUGUACAAUGAGAGAGCCCUGAACUUACCCCUUGGGGCUGAGUUGAUUACUGGCAACAUGUGUGAUCUCCUGUCGACCUCAUCCAACUCGGAAUGCCAGGACGGUUUAGCCGGAGGUCAUGCGGACUGCCCAUUCCAGCGCCGCAUCAUUCCCGCUCACCGACUGCGCCCGAGGAGAACGCAUCCAGAGAUCUUUCAGGAAGAGGACUCACUGGAUGACUCGUCAGACACGUCGACUCAGGAGAAGCCAUCUCGGAAGCUCUACUACAAGCUGAAGGUCUUUCCCGGGAAGUGGGUCAACAUCCUGUAUGAUCGGCUGACCUUACUCGCAUUAUUUGACAGGAAUCAAGACGUGUCAGAGAACGUGGUAGCCGUCUUCCUGGCGUUCCUGGUGUCUUUCCUGGGAUUCGUCCUGCUGAACCAUGGCUGCUUUAAGGACAUCUGGGUAUUCCAGUUUUGCCUCGUCAUCGCCAGCUGCCAGUAUUCCCUCUUAAAGAGUGUCCAACCAGAUGCAGCUUCCCCAACUCAUGGACACAAUCAAUUAGUUGCAUACAGUCGAGCAGCAUACUUCUGUAUUUUCUGUGGCCUUAUUUGGAUCCUGGAACUGUUGUUGAAACAGUCAAACCUUCCUGUGUCCAGAGUGUACGGCAUGAACAUUGUCUUAUCUGACACGCUCCAUUUUGUCCGUGACAUUUUAGUUGCUGCAACUGGGCUUGUCUCCGCAGUGUAUAGCAUCAUGAGAAGUCUGACUGCGAUCGCUUUACUCUAUGGUUUCUGCCUCGGCGCUUUAAAGGAACCGUGGGACGAGCAGCACAUUCCAGCGCUGUUCUCCGGCUUCUGUGGACUGCUGGUUGUCUUCUCCUAUCACCUCAGCAGACAGAGCAGCGACCCUUCAGUGCUCAUGUCUUUGAUCAAAUCCAAGCUCAUACCUGUGUUGGGGGGAAGUGAAGAAGAGGAAGAUGCCACCACAGAGAACAUAGAUCCUCUACCAGAGAAGCUCAGAGGCUCCGUGAAAGAGAUCCUAAUCUCAGACCUGUUUGUGUGCACGCUGGCGUCAGUGUUGACCUUUGCGGUCACGGCCAGCACCGUCUUCCUGUCUCUGAGGCCCUUUGUCACCAUCGUGCUGUAUGCGCUGGCUGGGACGGUGGGCUUCAUCACCCACUAUCUCAUCCCCCAGCUGAGGAAGCAUCACCCCUGGCUCUGGAUCGCUCACCCUGUCCUCAAGAGCAGAGAGUACUCCCAGUUUGAGCCUCGAGAGGACGCCCAUCUGAUGUGGUACGAGCGAUUGUACGUUGGACUGCUCUCCUUUGAGAAAUAUGUGGUCUACCCUGCCAUUGUCCUCAGCGCCCUGACCAACGACGGCUUUGCACUGAGUCACCGCAAGAAGCUGGGCAUCCACUUUGAUGUCUUGUUGAUGACAGUUGCUGGGAUGAAGCUUCUGCGCUCGUCCUUCUGCAAUCCCAGCUACCAGUUUGUCACACUUCUCUUCACCGUCAUCUUCUUCGAGUUUGACUGCAGCAGGGCCUCCGAGACCUUCCUGCUCAACUUCUUCCUCAUGACCAUAGUCUUCCACAAGCUCUGGGACCUGCUCCACAAACUGCACUUCAUCAUGGUGUACAUCGCGCCCUGGCAGAUCGCAUGGGGAAGUGCAUUUCAUGCCUUCGCGCAGCCUUUUGCAGUGCCUCACUCCGCCAUGCUGCUGCUGCAGACUCUGCUCACCACGCUCUUCUACACGCCGCUCAGCCCCUUCCUGGGCAGCGCCAUCUUCAUCACCUCCUACCCGCGGCCCGUCAAGUUCUGGGAGAGGAACUACAACACCAAACGGAUUGACAACUCCAACAGCAGGCUGGUGUCUCAGGUUGAUAAAGAUACAGGUUGCGAUGACAACAACCUGAACUCCAUCUUCUAUGAGUACCUGACGCGUUCGCUCCAGCACUCCCUUUGUGGCGACCUGAUGCUGGGACGCUGGGGCAACUACAGCUCUGGCGACUGCUUCAUCCUCGCCUCAGACUACCUCAAUGCCUUCGUGCACCUCAUCGAGAUCGGGAACGGCCUGGUCACCUUCCAGCUCCGGGGACUGGAGUUCCGGGGCACAUACUGCCAGCAGCGUGAGGUGGAGGCCAUCACGGAGGGGGUGGAGGACGACGACGCCUGCUGCUGCUGCGAGCCCGGUCACCUGCCCCACGUCCUGUCCUGCAACGCCGCCUUCAACCUGCGCUGGCUGGCCUGGGAGGUGACCACCACCAAGUACCUGCUGGAGGGCUACAGCAUCAGCGAGAACAACGCCGCAACCAUGCUCCAGGUGUACGACCUGCGCAAGCUGCUCAUCACAUACUACCUUAAGAGCAUCAUCUACUUCCUCGUCCACUCGCCCAAACUGCAGACGUGGCUCAAGGACUCCGCCAUGCUGGAGGCGCUGCAGGCCUACACCAAGUGGCACCACAUCGAGCGGGACCCCGCCGUGUUCAGCGUGAAGAUCGAUGAGGACUACGUCCACUGCCUGCAGGGGGUGACCAGAGCCAGCUUCUGUAAUGUCUACCUGGAGUGGAUACAGUACUGUGCCGGCAAGCAGGAAGAGCCGAUGGAGUGUGAUGAGGACUCAGCCCUGGUCACUCUGUGUUUCGGGUUGUCAGUGCUGGGUCGACGGUCACUGGGGACAGCAUCCCACAACAUGUCAAACAGCCUGGAGUCGUUUCUGUAUGGCUUUAACACCCUGUUCAAAGGGGACUUCCGCAUCUCCAGCAAGGACGAGUGGGUGUUUGCAGACAUGGAUCUGCUGCAGAAGGUGGUGGCACCAGGUGUGCGGAUGAGUCUGAAGCUGCACCAGGAUCACUUCACCUGUCUGGAGGAGACGGAGGAGCCAGCCAUCUUGUACGAGGCCAUCACCAACUACCGCACGAGCCUGGUGAUCUGCCACGAGAGCGACCCCGCCUGGCGCAAGGCGGUACUGUCCAGCCGCGACACGCUGCUCACCCUCAGGCACAUGGUGGACGACGGCACGGACGAGUACAAGAUCAUCAUGCUCUACAAGCGCCACCUCAGCUUCAAAGUCAUCAAGAUCAACAAGGAGUGUGUGCGAGGCCUAUGGGCGGGGCAGCAGCAGGAGCUGGUGUUCCUCCGCAACCGUAACCCGGAGCGCGGCAGCAUCCAGAACUCCAAGCAGGCGCUGCGCAACAUGAUCAACUCGUCGUGCGACCAGCCGCUGGGCUACCCCAUGUACGUGUCGCCCCUCACCACCUCCUACAUGGGCACCCACAAGCAGCUGCGUGGGAUCUGGGGCGGCCCCAUCAGCCUGGACACCAUCCGCGGCUGGCUCUGCACCAAGUGGCUACGGGUGCGGAAGGACAACCUGACCAGCUGCAACAGCGGGGUCAACAUGGACGACGUGGACUGCGCCGGCUCCUCGCUCAGCCAGAACCACAACUCCAUCACGUCGCAGAGCCUCAGCACGUACCAGGCCCGGCCCAGGGCCUCCCAGGGGGUCCGGCACCACGCCGCAGGUCGCCGAGAGUACCGCAGCCGGUCGGUUCAGCCCCAAGCCCAGCGGCCCCCGGUCACCAGCCAGUCGGGCCCUAUCCUGGACAGCCAGCACGGCUCGUCGGCCUCGGGGCCCAGCCUGGUGCAGCGGCUCUCCAACAGCCAGCUGUCCUUCAACACCUCCAUCGCCUCCAUCUUCUCCCAGGUCCCACGCCUCUCCACGGCGGGGCUGCAGUCGGCGGCCACUGUGGCGGCGGGGAUUGGGGGUCAGGUGUCGUCGUCCAGCUCGACGCUCAGCCUCCUCUUCGGCAAGCGCAGCUUCUCCAGUGGCCUGGUCAUCUCGGGGCUCUCGGCGGCCGAGGGCGGCAACACCACCGACACGCAGUCUUCCAGCAGCGUCAACAUCGCAGCUAUGGGCCAGUCGGCGAGGUCCACCAGUAGAGCAACGCAGUGGACGUCAGAGGCCUUUGAAAGCAUGGACGGGACCAACUCCAACGUCUUCACGGGGGCCAAAGACAACCCGCCGUCCAUCGACCGAGACCGCAGCAGCACGCAAGGCACGGACAGGAGCCAGGACGACUCGGUUCUGGCCUCCGCCGUCCAGGAGCUACCGGACCAGAAGACCAUCUGAGCCAGCGGUACCAGCGGGAUCAAUCGUGUCCAGAAAGGGGACCUCCACCUCCUGCUACUUGCCCAGGCCACCGAAACCUGCCUCACCUCCCAGCACGUUGAUUAUGAGUUUCCUGAAUGUACAUGUUGACUGUGACUUUUUUUAAAAAAGUACUCAUGUAUAAAAAUAAAAAAAAAAACAACAAAUCAAAUCAACAAACAAAAAACAUCUUCCACAUUUAAUAUCACACUGAAUUGGAAGUGGCAAGGUUAAUUGAAAGAAAUACUUUAGGGCAAUUUGUCUUUGCGUGUAUGUGUAUUUAUGUGAGUGUGUGUGAGUGAAUGUGUGUGUGUGUGUGUGUGUGUGUGUGUGUGUGUGUGUGUGUGUGUGUGUAUGUGGUACGGUACGGUACGGUAAGGUACGGUACAGUGUUCAAGUACUGUGUCCAGAGAAAAAUGUGAAGGGUCUGUAGUCUGGUCAGUGUCUCCCCCAAAACGACUGAUACAAACUCAGACUUUUUUUUAACACCCAUAACUUAACUCUCACACACUCAGUUGAUCUUUACAGGAAGCAGACGGUCAGUUUCUCCCCGGACAUCUGGGGAAGUAUUUUUAGAUGGACUGGUGCUGCCCAGUCUCCACACACACCUUUCAGUUUCCUCCAAAACCAAUGGGUGCAUGACCACAUGGACUCUUGCCUGACCAACGCCGACUUCCCACAGUCUCUCCUGUUUACCAAUGAAUACUCUUCUCACAAUAUCAGGAUGUUCACAGAAGGAGCGGAGAAUUGCUACGACUGAAUUAUGUGUCAUCAUGUGUUCUUUCACUGGGUUUUGUAUGAGGCACAAGUCAUAGUGGUAUAACUGAAAACUCUUUUCAGUCACAGUUUAAGGUAAAGAAGAGGAACUGUCUUAUCCUCUUUUACUGUAAGGAAAUAUGCAGUAUUAUGCAUUGCCAUUGACAACACAUUUCCCAUGUGAACGUACGACUGACAGAAUUUAACAUAGUUGUUUAUGUUUAUGUUUUAUAUAAUGGCAAGAGUGUGUUGUGCUGAAGUUACUGCAAAAAUAAGC